AUGAAUCAGAAUAAUUUUAAUGAUCCAUUACUUCAGUCUCCAUCCCAAAAUCCCGUCAUAAACAUUAAUGAUAUUUUAAAUUAUGUAAAUAACUUGCAAGAUCUAGGUUUUAAAAACCAAGAUCAUGAAUUAAUUCUCAAUCCUCCGUACAAACUCACACUUAGUCUUGACUCACUACUUUUACCAGCUCGUAGAAAUCGUAAAAAUAAAAUUAAUAAGAUUCCUCGACCACAAAAUGCUUGGGUCUUAUUUAGAAAAGAUUAUGAAGCAAAUAAACGAAUUCAAUUUCCGGAUCAAUUAUUUAAAAUGAAGACAGUCUCUAUAAAUGCUGGUGAUGAAUGGAAAAUUCAAUCACCCCAAGUCAAGAGAUAUUUUGAAAUUCUUUCUAAAUUGGCUCUCGCAAAGCAUAAAAUUAUGUUUCCAGAUUAUAAAUAUACUCCCAAAAGAAGAUCGAGCAGUAAUAAUGAUUGGGUUUUUCAUAAAACUUUUGUUCCAAGCAAAGACAAUCAAACCAACAAAAUUAAUAAAGGUGAUGAUUCAUACGAGUUUUCCACGAGUACUACUUCACAAAAUACUUUUAUUGAAUUCAAUAAUGAAUUUUCUGAAACUUCUUCGAUGUAUUCUAUGAAUUCUUUAAAUUAUUUGGAAUCCGUGGCACCUACUUCGUUAAUUGACAGUGACACUAAAUAUAUAGAAUAUAUGUAUACAGCUGAUUCCGAUGCUGCAACAGAAUAUUUCCCAAAUUAUCAACUUAUUUAA